CGGGGUGGCCGCUCUGCGCUCUCGACACCGCUCAGCUCUUCUCAAUGAAUGAAGGCGCGGGACCCUUUGGGUACACUUGGGAUCCCUCGCGAAAACAGCUCAGCUCGGGGCCGUCUGCAGCCGUCCGCCUGCCCUGCCGCAUGGCUACAGUCUUAAUGGGUUGCCUCCAGUAAUGGUAGGCGCAGCUCCCAAGAAGACAGGAAACAACCUACAUAGAGAAGACCGACACUUCCUGUACUGUGGAAUCAAAGCGAUGGAAUUGUCAGACAGUGACCGACCGGUUAGCUUCAGCUCAACAUCUUCCUCAGCAUCCUCCAGAGAUAGUCACUGUUCCUGUGGCAGCAGAACAACCUUGGUUUCCAACAGUCAUCUGGGUUUGUUCAAUCAGGACAAGGAAGUGGGGGCCAUAAAGUUGGAGCUGCACCCAACCCAACAGUUUCCCAGCAAAGAGCUAAGAAAAAAUAACCCUAUCAAGGAACAGCUCUCUGAUGGAAAUAUUGGAAGAAAGCCAAAUAUGCCACGAAAACCUGAAACAAAGGAAAAUAACAAAAAUUGUGUCAUGUCACUGAUUGUUGAGUCUACAAGUCCAAAACUCCUGUAUGUUGACAGAGUGGUCCAAGAAAUUCUAGAGACUGAAAGAACAUAUGUGCAGGAUUUAAGAAGUAUUGUGAAGGAUUACCUUGAUUGUAUCACUGACCAAUCCAAGCUGUCUUUGGGUACAGAGGAGCGAUCGGCUUUGUUUGGAAACAUAAAAGAUAUUUAUCAUUUCAAUAGUGAACUUCUGCAAGAUUUGGAAAACUGUGAAAAUGAUCCUGUAGCUAUAGCAGAAUGCUUUGUUUCUAAGAGUGAAGAUUUCCACAUAUAUACACAGUAUUGUACCAAUUAUCCAAGGUCAGUGGCUGUACUCACCGAAUGCAUGAGAAACAAGUCCCUAGCCAAGUUUUUCAGAGAAAGACAAGAAGCUUUACAACAUUCUCUUCCUUUGGGAUCCUAUCUUUUAAAGCCUGUUCAAAGAAUACUGAAAUAUCAUUUACUUUUGCAUGAGAUAGAAAACCAUCUCGACAAGGACACUGAAGGUUAUGAUGUUGUGUUAGAUGCCAUUGAUACAAUGCAGAGGGUGGCAUGGCAUAUCAAUGAUAUGAAGAGGAAGCAUGAACAUGCCAUUAGAUUACAGGAAAUACAAAGCUUACUUACGAACUGGAAAGGCCCAGACCUUGCGAGUUACGGAGAGCUGGUGCUAGAAGGAACUUUCCGCAUCCAGAGGGCCAAAAAUGAACGCACGUUGUUUCUCUUUGAUAAACUGCUGCUUAUUACAAAGAAGAGAGAUGAGACAUUUACUUAUAAAGCUCAUAUCUUGUGCGGCAAUCUUAUGCUGGUAGAAGUCAUACCGAAAGAACCUCUUAGCUUCAGCGUCUUCCAUUAUAAAAAUCCCAAGAUGCAGCAUACCGUUCAGGCAAAAUCACAACAAGAUAAGCGCCUUUGGAUUCUUCAUUUGAAAAGAUUAAUUCUAGAAAACCAUCCUGCUAAAAUUCCAGCUAAGGCCAAGCAAGCAAUUCUUGAAAUGGAUGCAAUUUAUCACCCAGGGUUCCAUUACAGCCCAGAAGAAAUGAAAGCUUCAAGUAACUCUAAAGAGGGCAUCACUCCACAAAGGAUGAGAAGGAAAUCAGAACCUUCUUCCAGAGUUCAUAAAAUCACAAAAUCAAGUGAAAUGGACCCAAAUUUGCAAAAGCGGAUGAGUACUGAAGGAACCCUGCUAUCUCAGACUGAGUUAUUCUUCAGUCCCAGGAAGAAUCAUUCACUGAAUUGCCAACGACUAGAUUCAAAUGAAGCAGCCUAUAGCAGUGGUCAGGAGGAUAAUAUUCUCACAUAUGUUACAGAGCAGACUGAUGCUGAUGAUGAAGAAGAGACCGAACAAAGCACUCAGCAUUUUCAGCAAAAACCAAAGGGAGGCCGCAAAAGAUUGAAUAGUCAAGUUACUGAAAAUUUUGAGAAACGAAGGACUUUUAAUCUCAACAUAUGUGAAAUUCAGAACUCCAAAAAACGUACAGAUGAAGCUCCUUCCCAGAUGAACACAAAGCUUUCAUUUUCCUGCAAUGAGGAUAGUCAGUUAUCUGAACAAUUUACUCCCCAAAACAACUCAUUUGUGGCAAAUAUUUUGGGGAGAACAGCUGCAGUGAGAAAUAUCUGGACAGACCAUCAGAUUCGACAAGCAUUGUUCCCAAGUAGACAACCUCUACAAGACAAUAUAGAUGAUGAUGAUGAUGAUUACCAAAUGUUCAUGCCAUCAGACUCCACAUCCAAUUUAACUUCCAUUGCAUGUGAAGAAAGGACCCCAUCAAACCGUCCUUGCAGUUGGCAUUUAGGACUAGUCCAUAAAAAUGAUAUUUCCAACCUGAACUCCCAUAGAAUUAUGAGGCGGGCCAGCAGCGCUGGUGAAAGUAAAACUGGAGCAAGAUAUAGAAAGAAUUACCAUGAUCAAAGUGCCUCUUGGAAUGAAAUUAAAAACUCCAGAAGUGACAUGGACAAUCUUCAAGAAUGUCAGGAAUCUUCAGAAGAAUUGACUAUAGAUGACAUAGAUCAUGUCUAUGACAACAUAAGUUUUGAAGAUUUGAAGUUAAUGGGGCUGGCUCAGAGGGAAGAGUCCAACCGUACCCCACAAGGGUCAGCUAAAGAUUCACUCUAUGAGACAUAUGACGAAGACUAUUCUUUCAAAAAAACUCAAGCAUCUCAAAACAGGACUUGUAUUCCUAGCAGAAAUGAAGCCAUUCCCAGGAGACAGCCUUCACCUGUAAGGUCUUAUGAGUUAAGGAUUAGUGAGGAAAAUAUCUAUGAUACCAUACGCCUUCCAGAAGAGUCAGUGUCAAAUUUCAAAAGUGAUCCCCUUAAAUGUUCCAAAAAGAGAAGUUUUCUGGGUAUGGAAACAGAUUUUACAUGCUGUAACCAGUUCCGACAAUUUGUUUCUGAAGAAAGCCUCCAAUUCAGUGAAGAUGAAAAUCCCUAUCAUUACGUUCCAUUAGAUCGUGGCUGCUUAAAUUUGGCAGAGAGUUCCUCAAAUUCUGAUUCACACUCUCACAAGUCUGUUGCAGAUAAAUUAUCAGAGGAAGUAGAUGAAAUCUGGAAUGACCUGGAGAAUUAUAUCAAGAAAAAUGAAGAAAAGUCACGGGAUCACGUCCUUGCGGCUUUUCCUGUCUGCAAAGAUGAGGUUGAUAAUCAAGCAUCUAGCAGAACUACUGGUGGACCAAAUAAAGAUGUAAAAUAUUCAUUGACUAUGUUCCCACUACCGGAAAAAGGUGUUUUGUCAAAAACUUUGCCAAACAAGGUAGCCAGGUUAAGUGAAGCCAACAUUAAGUUUGAAGAGGCAACAUCAUAUAAAGCAAAUUCACUAAUAGAUCUCAACAGAUCUUCUCUCUCAAAUGACAGAUGUUUUGCUGAUAGCCUUUACAAAUCUCCCAAUAAUAUAUUCUGCACAGUAAAUACAAUAAAUACUAAUGGUGAACUGGAUUCUGUGGAUAAAACAAAGAACCGUGUUUUUAUGAUGGCAAGACAGUACAGUCAAAAAAUCAAGAAAGCAAAUCAGUUUUUGAAAGUAAAAAGUGCAGAGCAAGAACAAUUUCUGAAUCGGCAACAGAAAUCAAAGCACAAGGACUUAGCAGCCAUUUUAGAAGAGAAGAAACAAGGUGGACCUGCCAUUGGUGCAAGAAUUGCUGAAUAUUCUCAACUAUAUGAUCAAAUUGUAUUCCGGGAAACCUCACCCAAAACACAGAAGAUUACUUCUCAAGAAACAAACAUAAGAUAUUCUUCACCUGUUUCCACGUCUCACUUAGCUGCAGAAUGCUUAAAAGCUGAAAAUUGGCUUUUGCAUUCGACAUAUAGUAAUGGAGAACUUUCUGAUUUUUCUCCUUGGCCAGAAACUCCUCACCUGAAGACAAAAAGCUCCCUUAUAGAAAUGGGGGGGACGCCAAAUGUGAGACCUGUAACCGGCUCAGUGCCUUCCUUUCAGACUCCCCUUCGUCCACACAUUCCUGCACAAAGGUGGAGUACUAUUAUAAAUCAACCCAAUAAAGAGAACUUGUAUCACAGCCACCUUUAUAAUUCUUUAGGCAGGACAGAGAGCAGUACAAGGCUACCACCAUCUAGCAGAUCACAGUCCUCUUGCUCGAUUGUGCUCAACAAGUCUGAAGAAUCAAUAAAUUAUCCACCUGAAAUGAAGAAAAAGCAUUUGCAUUCCAACAAAAAAUGUCUGACUGACCACUGUCAAGAAUCAGUGUCUGUUGCCAUCCCUGGCCAUUCAACGUGCGAUGAGACAAAGCAGGCCUCAGAAAAUGUCUCAGAUGUUAUUCUACAAGAUUCUCAGAAAAUUCUGAGAGUGAAAAGGAACUUGCCUUCAAAUGCACAAAUAGCAACCCACAAUUAUUUUAGUAAUUUCAAAGAUACUGACAAUGGAGAAGGAGAUGAUGAUGACUAUGUUGAAAUUAAAUCCGAAGAUGAGGGAUCUGACUUAGAGACUUUCUGUAACCAAACAAAGGACUUGGAUCCCAAAGUAAAUCCACACCCUACUCAUUUAGAAACUCCCAGUGGCAAAUUGUUGGAUCCUUCUAAACUAUCAGAUCCUUUCUUGACAGCAUGCAAUGAUUCGGACAAAUUGAAUGAUUACUUAUGGAGUGUGCCAUCUAGUAAUCAACCGAAUAUUGUCCAGUCCCUAAGGGAAAAAUUUCAGUGUCUCAGUUCAAGUAGUUUUGCUUAAUGUUGCCUUUUCCCCAAUUCCAUUGUUCAGCCUUAAUGUGUUAUAGUAUGACCACCAGUUCUUGUCUUAUUGUGUGUGUAUGUAUGUAUGUAUGUAUGUAUGUAUGUAUGUAUGUAUGUACACAUACACACAUACAUACACCCACAAACAAUUAUAGGAACAAUACCUUGCAUUUGUGUCAUUCUGUUCUAGCAACUUUAGUGUAUAUUAGAACUGGCCACAUACACAAGAAUUUCAUAGAGAAACAACGGUGGAACAUCUUCAGUGAUUAAACUUUAUGCAUUCAUAAUUUAUUUGCUUUAACACAGAAGAAUGAACUGCUUUGACUCAACUGAAAUGUACUAAUGUGUUAUAUGUAUGUACUAGUUACGUUGCCACACAGUUCUAAUUAAGUAAAACUGCAAAUGGUACAAACUAAAUGGAUCUUUGGGAUCAAGCAACAACAUUUUUCAGGAAUUCUAAUUUAGGAAAUCCCUUUCCCCCCAAUGCACUAAAUAAUUUAUUUCUACCCCACUUCCAAGCAAUCAUGUUUCCAACUCACAAAUUUGAUACCCACAAAUCAACAGCAGCCUAGGACCCACCUGCAGAGUCUUCUUAUUGGCUUUGGCAUCAAUUUGAAGGCAUCUGGGCAUAAGUUGCAAUCUCUGGCAACAAGUCAGAGGGCAUGUAUGCAUGCCCUUAUCAGUCUUAACAUCAAUCAUGCAAGUGGGUCUAGAGAAAACUUUAAAAUUAGGCCGACCAACUAAAUAGCUUCUUCAGGUUGGCAUAGGGUUCUCCCCCUUGCUUAUGUUGCUGUACAUACCCUUUUUGUAAGACAGCUUCAGUUUGAAACACUUGAAAAAAAUACGUGAAUACAUCUAUACAAUCAAAUUUCAUAUGAAGGAGAGUAAUGAUCUAAGUACCAACUGAAGUACCUUUUACUGAGCAGGAUUUGCUUUCUUACAUCAUCCCACCAAAAGGGAUAACAGCAGUCAGAAUUUUUAUGACAUGAGUGGUGACUUGGUGAUUUGGCAAAGCCAUCAAAUUAGCAAGUACACAGUCCCUUUUACUAAAAUAAGUACUGAAAGAGAUAUGCUCCUUGAAUUACUUUGAAAUUCAUCAUUCUGAUGUUUUUUCUUAGUAGAAUGCUAGUUCACUUUUAUUUUUCUUGUAUCAGGAAGCUGCCCCGACUUCAGUAGAAAAACUGACUGCAAAUCGAAGUGUGUUUAGUAAGCAGAUGAAAAAUAAGUUCAUAUGAAUUUAGGGAUUUAUUUAAUAAAAUAUGUAAAAUAAUAUAAAUAUAGUAAUAGAAAUCCAGAUACAGUAACAAGGUUGUGUCUGCUUUAUUAUACUGGAGGAUUGUUGUUAUUCUUAAAAAAAAUAGUGAAAUAUGUAACAUGUAGUCAUAUAAGGGACAAGCGUCAGUAUAUUUUGAGUACUUUUUAACCUUGCUGGCAGGGAAUAAAAAUAGCUGAAUUCAAUAUGGAUGAGCCCCUAAGACAUAGUUUUUGUAAAAGCAAAGGGAAUGAUAAUGAUUUUUCUGGUCUGGAUGAAAAAAUUCUGAGGAACUCCACCUCUAACUUUUUUAUAUAGUUCUUGAUUGUAGAUAGCUACCCCAAAAUUAGACAAAAGUAUUUAAUUUGGGGAGGGGGGGCUGCUUUAUAAAAUACGUACAGUAGCCAAAAUAGAAAGGAAACCGUUGUUCACCUGUGUGAAUAUUAUGUUCGCAUUGGUUAGUUGAAUAACUCAAAAGAUCACACAUUUUUCUGAAAAUAUUUUAAACAGAUUUAUUUACAGGUUCAGAAGGCUAAUUCUAUUCAGAUUUUCAGAUUGCUCCAAGGAUAUGUUUUUCUAAGUUCUUGUGUUUAAACAGAACAAGUAGGUGCCAUUUCAUCUACAGAAUGUAAGUUAACCUUUGGGUGACAAGAUAGGCCUACACAUUUGUUCAUUAAUUAUUGUGGGCAGAACAGAAAUACGGAAAAAGUAAAAAUGGUUGUUAAAAUUAGAAUAUUGGGGGCAGAGAAUAUUGUAUGUAAGGGGCUUGCUAUCACAUGUACUGUACAUUCUUUGUUGUCCAGUUCUAAAGGUAGGCAUAUCAUCUUUUUAAUAAUUUACAGCUCUCCUUCAAAACUUUAAAGAGAUUUUAGAGGAGCCUUAUUUUUAUCCAGGUAAUAUUGUCUGUAAAAAAAGUAAUUGUUUUUUUUUAAAUCUAUUCUGUAUUUACUGGUAGUACCUGCACUAUACUACUGGACAAAUGCAAAAUGAAGUUGCUUAUUCUGGGUGGAUUCACACCAACUUUCCUAGUUUCAACAUAUCAUGUGUUACCGUUUUAUUCUAUUGAUAAGAAAUAGACCCUCUGUGUUGCACUUUUACAUAACUCAUUUUGUAAAGACUAUGUAAAAAUAUAUGUACAUGUAGAAGAGUUCUUUUUUCUCCUUUGUUAUGCUUAAAAGCUGACUGUAAAGCAUGUCAAACCUGUAAGUGCUGUGUAGAAAAAAUAAAUACUACUUGCUUGCA